UCUGAUGCCAAUUGGGGCGAUGGGUCCCUCGGACGACUGAAGGCGCGCGCUUGGACCCCGGGCCCGCCAGGCGUCCCCGCGGGAUGGAGGCGACGGACUCCAAGCUGGGCAGCGCCGGCAGCCUCUGGCAGGACACGCUGGCCAUGGCCCUGACCCCCAGCAAGCCGCUCUCCCCGGCGGGUAGCCAGGGCUGCCGAGAGGGCGGCGGCGGCGGCAGGACCCGAGCCCUGCGCGUGGUUUACGUCUCCACCGAGGAUUUGGAAAAACCGCUGCCCUUUUUGUGCCUGCAGGAAGCCUGCAGGGAGUUCCCGGGCACGGAGCUCGCCACGGUGCCUUUCGGCACUCUGAUGCUGGGAGUCACGGACAGUCUGGACCGUUUCUAUAACGCGGAUGUGGUGGUUGUGGAGAUGAGCAACAGCUUGUGUCAGCCUUCACUUUUCUAUCACCUGGGAGUACGUGAGAGUUUCAGUAUGACCAACAAUAUUCUCCUUUGCUGUUAUACCGAUCUUCCAGAAUUGCAAGCUCUCCGUGAUGUGAUCUUUCAGAAGAAUUCGGAUAGCAACGGGAGCUAUACCUUCAUCCCAUAUGUGGUGACAAACCAGAAGAAGGUCUUUUGUUGUGAUGUCGGCACCAUGAUGUGUUUGACUGAGCUUUACCAGUCCAACUUCAACAUGGAAGCUGUCUUCAAUCCACUCACAGCGCAACUUGCUAAACUGCUGGAGGGCACAUCUGUCAGCUCCAGUGGCUACUUCCGGGAGAUGAUCCGCAGUGACAUCCGGAAGGCUCGUGAAAUGUACCAUGGGGAACAGCUGAGCCGUGAACUGACCAGCAUUCUACAGCGCCUGGACAGCGUGGAGUGCUUGAGCCUAGACAUUGUCAUGAACUUCCUACUCUCCUACCGAGAUGCUCAGGACUGUGAUGCGAUCAUCACCCUUGUGGAGACUCUCCAAACCCUGCCAACAUGCAGUGUUGCCGAGCAGCACAACAUCUGUUUCCACUACGCCUUUGCUCUUGACAGGCGGAACCAACCUGGGGACCGCGAGAAAGCUCUCUCUGUUCUCCUGCCUCUGGUGGAGAAGCCCGAAGGGGUGGCACCUGACCUGUACUGCAUGUGUGGCCGCAUCUACAAAGACAUGUUCAUUGACUCUGGGUUCACGGAUCCCGAGAAGAGAGACAAGGCCUUCUUUUGGUACCACAAGGCCUUUCUGACCGAGCCAAGCCUUCAUGCUGGAAUUAAUUCGGUUGUGUUGCUCAUCGCUGCAGGCCAUAGUUUUGAAGCCUCUAUGCAGCUUCGGCAGAUCGGGAUGAAGGUGAGCUGCGUUUUGGGGAGGAAGGGAAGCCUGGAAAAAAUGCAGCACUAUUGGGACGUAGGCUUUUAUUUUGGUGCAAGCAUCUUAACAGGCGACUUCGACAAAAUCAUCCAAGCCUCUGAGAAGCUGUACAAGCUGAAUGCUCCUGUGUGGUAUGUAGUGGUGACUUUUCAUCUUGUGAAAGUGGGGGAAAGGGACGUGUUGAUUCUCGACCUGAGCAAGGUGCUCCAACCGUCUCAGCUCUCUGUGUGCAACGAGGAGAUCAGAAAAUCAGUGACCCUAAGCUACAUCGGUUCCCUGGAAGAGGAAGGAAUUUCCACCUGGACCUUUCCUGCAUCCUCCAUCCGUGGAAUCAGUAUUUCUAAGUGUGACGAACGAUGCUGUUUCCUUUAUGUGCGGCAUACAGUUGAAGAUUUCCAGUUAUACUUCCCUACCCAAAAUCACUGCCGCUGUAUGACUAUGAAUACACUGAAGCAGGCGACAGGGUGGUUUUGGGGAAAGGGACAUACGGUGUGGUCUAUGCCGGACGAGACCGCAGCAACCAAGUGCGCAUUGCCAUUAAAGAGAUUCCGGAGCGGGAUAGCAGAUAUUCACAGCCUCUGCACGAGGAGAUUGCCCUGCACAAGCGCCUGAAGCACAGGAACAUUGUCCGCUAUCUGGGUUCCGUGAGUCAAAAUGGCUUCCUCAAAAUCUUCAUGGAGGAAGUGCCUGGAGGAAGCCUCUCUUCCCUCUUGCGCUCAAUGUGGGGUCCGCUGAAGGACAACGAACCAACCAUUGUAUUCUACACGAAGCAGAUUCUAGAGGGUUUGCGUUACCUCCACGAUAACCAGAUUAUCCACCGAGAUAUCAAGGGAGAUAACGUCUUGAUCAACACUUAUAGUGGAGUAUUAAAAAUUUCAGACUUCGGCACUUCCAAAAGGCUGGCUGGGAUCAGCCCAAGCACUGAGACAUUCACAGGUACCCUGCAGUACAUGGCCCCGGAGAUCAUUGAUCAGGGGCCCCGAGGUUAUGGGAAGCCGGCUGACAUCUGGUCCCUGGGCUGCACCAUCAUUGAGAUGGCCACAGGCCGGCCUCCUUUCUUUGAGCUGGGCAGCCCACAAGCCGCAAUGUUCAAGGUGGGCAUGUUCAAGAUCCAUCCAGAGGUGCCCAGCUCCAUGUCCGAUGAAGCCAAGGACUUUAUCCUGAAAUGUUUUGAAGCAGAUCCCGACAAGCGAUCGACUGCGGCUGCUUUGCUUCAAGAGCCCUUUUUGAGGAACAGGAAGAAAUGCAGGAGCCCAGCAGUGCCAGACGAGCCAUCGGUGUCCCACAAGCCCAGAAGGUCCACUUCAUCGGAAGGCAUUGCAGAAUCUAGAAAUCGUUCUUCUUCUUUGCACUCCCUGAAAGUCCAAGUGGAAAACAUCGUUUUAUCCCGAAGCGCCAGCGAAGUGAACCAGGGAAACAACUAUUUGAGAAGGUGCUGUCAUUGGCACACAUCUCUGAGCUGGUAUCCUGUCUCAAGAGCUACAUCCGUUCCCCAAGCCGCAAACAGCUGGCUCAAAGCCUGCUCCAGUUACAAGAUCACUUCCAGUCUGACGGGCUGAGUUUUUGUCAGGUGCAGGCUCCACUCUUUGCCUUCCAGGACACUGUAAAGCACAUGCUACGGAAGCUCCAGAUUAAGCCACACUGGGUGUUCGCCCUGGAUAAUCUCAUGGGGCAAGCGGUACAGGCAACCUUUACCGUCCUCUUGGAAGAACUCAAGGUGCAGCCGCAGAAUUUGCAGGAGGAAAGCCAGAAUCACCCGGGCACUAGAGAACACGAGGAGCCACUUUUGACUGAGCAGCCUCCGUCUUUGAAAAAGCAUGAGAGCGACCUCAAGGACAGUGCGGAUACGCCAACAUCCGGAAUUGGCACAGACACCAACAGUUGGCUGGAUUCCCAGCCUCCCUUCAAGAGCCAUUUGCCCCUCAUGACUCAACUCAACCAUCUGCAAGAAGAAACCAGAAGGUUGCAGUGGAAACUGGUAGAGAAGCAGCAGGAAUGUCAACGGCUCCUACAAGAGGCCCUAAAGAUCAUGGAACAGGACAGCUGGGCUCUGAGAAGGCCACAGAUAAUAGAAAUCCCUCCUUCUCCAACUUCCUGGGACCAAGAAGAAAAUGCUGGAGAUCCCCACCUGGCAGAGUGGUUAGAGAAACAGGGCGCAGACAAAGCCACAGUGUCAGUGUUCUGCUACCAUGGAUUCACCCUGAAUGAUUUGCUGAAGUUGGCUACCAUCGAUGAUCUCCGAUACACCUGCAUCAGAGGGGGAAUGGUGUGCCGUAUCUGGAAAGCCAUCAUGGACCACCGACAAAACCUGUCCCAGCAGCAGUUACACCAGCAACCGUGAGAAGAGGAAAGGAUGGAAGCCUCAGAUUUUUGGGGGGCAAGACCACAAUCUCUGGUCGCCUGUCCCAUCUUCUCACCAGCAGUUGAGCUAUGAGGCUGGAAAGAUUUUCUAAUUGGUCAGUCCUCAUAUUGAGGUCAGAUACUGGCCUUUUAAUCUUUCCUUGGCCCAGGAAAAUGACCAAUUUUUUUUAGUAAACAGAUUUGGGGAGAACCUCACAGAGGCUGUGAGAAAGACUUUCUGCUAAAUUGAGCAAUAUGCAUCGUGGACUGAGAAAAAGCAGAAGAACGUGUUCUUGCUGUAAUUCCCCCCCCAAAAAGGACUGAAGAAUGUUGUGAUACUCUACUGUUAUUUAGAGAGAGGCUGCUCCGGGAUCAGCAGUUCUCUGUUGGAGCCUCACCUUGGCUACUGAGAUCAAUUUGCCGAUUUUGCUCUACGUCUCCUCCCCUCUUCCAAGCCUGCCGUCUCUAGCACAAACCCAGCAAUGCAACUGUAGGAGAUGGGGGUGUGUUAGUGAGAGACCCUGCGAGCCAGGUUCUGAGGGACCUAUAGAAAGUAAAGAGGACUUAAUGGGGCUGCUUACGUUUCUCUGGAUCGCUACCAGGAACGAAGGUGGGGUGUGCAGAGAAAGUUUAAUAAAAACGGUUAUUUAAAAA